GUGCCGGGUGUGCUUUUUGCGGGGCAACCGCCCAGCCUUUGUCGAUCAGGUCUGGAGCUUAUCUUUCCUCUAGCGUCACAGCAUCCCAACAUCAGCCAAUCGUUGCCGCAUUUACCCGCUGUCAUUCUGUCAAGACGACCAGACCACCUCAAUUCGAUCCCGAACUUUCAGGACGACUCAACUGUCCAGGUGUUGAGCUGUAUUGAAACUUCCUGA